AUGGAGUGGUGUUCUGAAGAAUGCCCUAAAGGUUACAGAAGAACAGCGAUAAAAGGAAUUCAUCAUUGCUGCUUUGACUGUGUUCAGUGCUCAAAUGGAGAAAUAUCUAAUGAGACAGACAAAGGAUCGUGCAUAAAGUGCGCAGAAGACCAGUGGCCUAACGAUAAGAACCAGUGUGCUCCAAAACCUACUGAUUUUCUCUCCUAUGGCAAUGAUGUAAUAGCAAUUGUUGUCUCCGUCAUUUCCAUAAUACAUUUUGUUAAAACAUCGAUCAUCUUGGUUAUCUUCAUCGUAUACCGAGACACCCCAGUUGUCAAAGCUAAUAAUCAAAGCCUGUGCUUCCUCAUACUAGUCUCCAUCAUGUUAAACUUCCUCAGUGUACUUUUGUUCAUUGGCCGCCCAGUACAUGUCACCUGCCUGCUGCGCCACACCUCAUAUGGUAUCAUCUGCUCACUGACUAUGUCCUGUAUUUUGACCAAGACUAUUAUGGUCUAUCUAGCCUUCAAAGCCGUCAAACCUGGAAGUUGCUGGAGGAAAUGUAUUCAAGCAAAAUGUAUCCACUGCGUUGUCUUUAUUUUUUCAUUUAUUCAGGUCCUAAUUUGCUUCAUAUGGUUAUGCAUUUCCCCUCCUUUUCCAGAAAUGAAUACCCACUUAUGUCUAGAAAAAAUUAUCAUUCAGUGUAAUGAAGGUUCUAUGGUGGCAUUUUCAAUAUUCUUGGGCUACAUGGGGCUUCUAGCAGCUGUGAGUUUCAUUGUGGCUUUCCUGGUCAGAAAUUUACCAGAUAGUUUUAAUGAGGCCAAAUACAUCACCUUCAGCAUGCUGGUGUUCUGCAGCGUCUGGAUCGCUUUUAUCCCGGCUUAUAUGAGCGUUACAGGGAAGAACACUGUGCUUGUAGAGAUAUUUGCUAUCAUUUCUUCGAAUGAAGGAAUCCUUGCCUGCAUAUUUUUUCCAAAAUGUUAUAUUAUUCUGAUAAGACCAGAUUUAAAUACAAAAAAUGUUUUGUUAAGGAAUGCUCACUAA